ACCUGGAAGCGCCGCGGCGCCGCUGUCGAGCUUCCUGCGGCGGCCACCCGAGCAAGUGCCGUGGCGGGGGCAGAGAGCGGCCACGGCGGCGGCGCUUCCCCAAGUAGCUCACGGCGCCCUGCCCCGCGCGGAAGAUACCAAGUUGUGCUAGUACAUCCAUAUAAAUAAUUAAUACCUGAAGUCUCAAUGUAACAUGGACAUUAACAGUGAUGACAAAUAAAUACAGACGCUUGGGAAUCAAAUACUAGGCGAAAAACACUUUUAAAAAGGAAUUUAGGAGGUUCUAGUAUUCUCCAUGGCUGAAGCUGAGAGUCUGAAACCCUGAUGCUUAAGCUCUAUUCUAGAUCAUAGCUCCAACUCCUUCAGGAUAUAAGGAAAAGAUAAUAUUUCCACAAUGAUAGAUCUUUGGUUGUUCAGGUUUCCCAAUGAGUGGAUCAUGAUGACCGUAUUGUAGGGACUUGCCAUAGUAUGGCUGCUUCCCGAUCUACUCGUGUUACAAGAUCAACAGUGGGGUUAAACGGCUUGGAUGAAUCUUUUUGUGGUAGAACUUUAAGGAAUCGUAGCAUUGCUCACCCUGAAGAAAUCUCUUCUCAUUCUCAAGUACGAUCAAGAUCACCAAAGAAGAGACCAGAGCCUGUGCAAAUUCAGAAAGGAAAUAAUAAUGGAAGAACUACUGAUUUAAAACAGCAAAGUACUCGAGAAUCAUGGGUAAGCCCUAGGAAAAGAGGACUUUCUUCUUCAGAAAAAGAUAACAUAGAAAGGCAGGCUGUAGAAAAUUGUGAGAGAAGGCAAACAGAACCUGUUUCACCAGUUUUAAAAAGAAUUAAGCGUUGUCUUAGAUCUGAAGCACCAAACAGUUCAGAAGAAGAUUCACCUAUAAAAUCAGACAAGGAGUCGGUAGAAGAGAGGAAUACAGUAGUGGACAAUGAUGCAGAUUUUCAAGGGACUAAACGAGCUUGUCGAUGUCUUAUACUGGAUGAUUGUGAGAAAAGGGAAAUUAAAAAGGUGAAUGUCAGUGAGGAAGGGCCACUUAAUUCUACAGUAGUUGAAGAAAUCGCAGGCUAUUUGGCUGUCAAUGGUGUUGAUGACAGUGAUUCAGCUGUUAUAAACUAUGACGACUGUCAGCCUGAUGGGAACACUAAACAAAAUAGCACUGGUUCGUAUGUGUUACAGGAAAAGUCAGUAGCUGAAAAUGGGGAUUCGGAUACCCACACUUCAAUGUUCCUUGAUAGUAGGAAGGACGACAGUUAUAUAGACCAUAACGUGCCUUGCACAAAUUCAGAAGUGCAGGUCAAGUUGGAGGACCACAAAAUAGUAACUGCCUGCCUGCCUGUGGAACAUGUUAAUCAGCUGACUACUGAGCCAGCUACAGGUCCCUUUUCUGAAAUUCAGUCAUCCUUAAGGGAUUCUGAGGAGGAAGUAGAUGUGGUGGGAGAUAGCAGUGCCUCAAAAGAGCAGUGUAAUGAAAACACCAAUAACGCCCUGGACACGAGUCUUGAGAGUAUGCCAGUCUCUGGAGAACCAGAAUCAUCUUCUGUUCUAGACUGUGUUUCAGCUCAAAUGAUGUCUUUAUCAGAACCUCAAGAACAUCGAUAUACUCUGAGAACUUCACCACGAAGGGCAGCCCCUACCAGAGGUAGUCCCACUAAAAACAAUUCUCCUUGCAGAGAAAAUGGACAAUUUGAGGAGAAUAAUCUUAGUCCCAAUGAAACAAAUGCAACUGUUAGUGAUAAUAGAAGUGAAUCUCCCACAAAUCCUGAUGAAAUUUCUCAGAAUGAAAAAGGAAUAUUUUGUGACUCUGGAAAUUAUGGGAGUGAAGGACUAAGUAAGCCACCCUCAGAGGCAAGACUUAAUAUUGGACAUUUGCCAUCUGCCAAAGAGAGUGCCAAUCCACACAAUACAGAAGAAGAAGAUGAUGAUCCUGAUGUUUAUUACUUUGAAUCAGAUCAUGUGGCACUGAAACACAACAAAGAUUAUCAGAGACUGUUACAGACGAUUGCUGUACUCGAGGCUCAGCGUUCUCAAGCAGUCCAGGACCUUGAAAGUUUAGGCAAACACCAGAAAGAAGCACUAAAAAAUCCCAUUGGAUUUGUGGAGAAACUCCAGAAGAAGGCUGAUAUAGGGCUUCCAUAUCCACAGAGAGUUGUUCAAUUGCCUGAGAUUGUAUGGGACCAAUAUACCAAUAGCCUUGGGAACUUUGAAAGAGAAUUUAAAAAUCGUAAAAGACAUACUAGGAGAGUAAAGCUAGUUUUUGAUAAAGUAGGUUUACCUGCUAGACCAAAAAGUCCUUUAGAUCCUAAGAAGGAUGGAGAGUCCCUUUCAUAUUCUAUGUUGCCUUUGAGUGAUGGUCCAGAAGGCUCAAACAGUCGUCCUCAGAUGAUAAGAGGACGCCUUUGUGAUGAUACCAAACCUGAAACAUUUAACCAACUGUGGACUGUUGAGGAACAGAAAAAGCUUGAACAGCUACUCCUGAAAUACCCUCCUGAAGAAGUAGAAUCUCGACGCUGGCAGAAGAUUGCAGAUGAACUGGGCAAUAGGACAGCAAAGCAGGUUGCCAGCCGAGUGCAGAAGUAUUUCAUAAAACUAACUAAAGCUGGCAUUCCAGUCCCAGGCAGAACACCAAACUUAUAUAUGUACUCCAAAAAGUCUUCCACAAGCAGACGACAGCACCCCCUUAAUAAGCAUCUCUUUAAACCUUCCACUUUCAUGACUUCCCAUGAACCACCAGUGUAUAUGGAUGAAGAUGAUGACCGAUCCUGUUUUCAUAGCCACAUGAACACUGCUAUUGAAGAGGCAUCAGAUGAAGAAAGUAUUCCUAUUAUGUAUAGGAAUUUGCCUGAAUAUAAGGAACUAUUACAGUUUAAAAAGUUAAAGAAGCAGAAACUCCAGCAGAUGCAAGCUGAAAGUGGAUUUGUACAACAUGUGGGCUUCAAGUGCGAUAACUGUGGCAUAGAACCUAUCCAGGGUGUUCGGUGGCACUGCCAGGAUUGUCCUCCAGAAAUGUCUUUGGAUUUCUGUGAUUCUUGUUCAGACUGCCUACAUGAAACAGAUAUUCACAAGGAAGAUCACCAAUUAGAACCUGUUUAUAGGUCAGAGACAUUCUUAGACAGAGACUACUGUGUGUCCCAGGGCACCAGUUAUAAUUACCUUGACCCAAACUACUUUCCAGCAAACAGAUGACAUGGAAGAGAACAUCGUAUACUAGUCCUCUUCAACACAUAGCAAUGGUAUCAUUGUGAAUUAUGUGCACAGUUUGGAAAGAUUCUCUGCUUUCCCUGAAAUGACACUCACAGCAUGACAGCUUCCUGAGUGUUCUUGUCAAGUCCAGCUCUGCACCGUUGUGGCUCUAGAUCACUGUUCAGCAGCCGAGCAUUCCUGGUGAGCAAAGGGUUUCCCUGGUGAAUUUCUCACCACCACCUUAAAGCCUUUUAGGUGGUGAUAUUAAAUGGGUGAGAUGGAAACGAGAGCACACAUUAAAGAGAGUAAAUUCCAAAGGUUUCAAAGAACUCGGUCAUAAAUAGGAUAAUGAGAAGACAAAGUAUUUAUAUUAAAACAGUUUAGUAGCUUUCAGUUUUGUGAAAAUAGUUUUCGGCACAGAAGCUGACUUCUUAGACAAAGUUUUAACCAAUGAUGGUGUUUGCUUCUAGGAUAAACACUUUAAAAGAACUCACUGUCCCAGUGGUGGCCACUGAUGGCCUUUAGUAAAUCGGAGCUGCUUAACCAUAUUGAUGUCUAAUUUCUUUUAACCACAAUGAACUGUCCUUAUUACCAACAGCGAAGCACUACAGGAGGCACUGUGGCAUUGCUUCCUUGACCAGCUCAUGGUGUGUGAAUGUUAUAAAAUUGUCGCUCAGAUAUAUUUUUUAAAUGUAAUGUUAUAUAAGAUGAUCAUGUGAUGUGUACAAACUAUGGUGAAAGUGCCAGUGGUAGUAACUGUGUAAAGUCUCUAAUUCACAACAUUAAUUCCUUUAAAAUACACAGCCUUCUGCCUCUGUAUUUGGAGUUGUCAGUGCAACUCAUCAAAGAAAACUGCCUAAUAUAAAAAUCAUAUAUAUGGUAAUAAUUUCCCUCUUUUGUAGUCUGCACAAGAUCCAUAAAAGAUUGUAUUUUUAUUACUAUUUAAACAAGUGAUUAAAUUUAGUCUGCGCAGUGAGCAAGAGUUCACAUGCAUUCUUUUAUACUGCUGGAUUUUGUUGUGCAUCAUUUAAAACAUUUUGUAUGUUUCUUCUUAUCUGUGUAUACAGUAUGUUCUUGAAUAAUGUUCAUUUGUCAGGAGAACUGUGAGAAAUAAACUAUGUGGAUACUGUCUGUUUAUAUUA